GAGACGGUUGCCUCCGAGCGGUCGGCGUUCUACACUCGAUCACUCGACACUCGAACACUCGAAAACUUCACUUCGAUUCCGCAACUGAAUUGGCCAGAAACAAAGUCACAAAUAAAAGCAAAAGUGCGCAGAGAAAAGAAGCUUCGCGAUUAGGCGGAAAUUAGUCGAGCAAAUAGUUAGUUAUUUCAGUCGCGAGUGGAAAGUGGCUGGAAUACCUCGCAUCGGCAGAGUGUCAAUUGAAUUGAAUUGAGUGGCCAAGAUGAUUGAGCGGCGCAGUCAGCUGGAUAAGAUACUCAUCACCGCCAUGGACCGCUUCGUCUGGUUUGUCCUGCUCGUGGUCAUGUCCCACCUGGUCACCGAGUUCACCCGCGUCUCCGGAUAUGCGCGUGGCCAGCGCCACGAGCUGGUGCUGCUGAACGAUACGCUGCUGCAGCCCAUGCCCGUCCAGAACAUGGUGCUCUACCCCAGCCAGGAGUACGGCCAGUACCAGCAGCGACCCUCCUCCGCCGCCUCCUCCAUGGGAGCCAUGAGCAGCCUGCAGCAGAACGCCGCCUUCCUGCUGAGCAGCUUGGCGGCGGGCGUGAGUCCGGGAAAUGGAGCAGCUGCAGCAGGAGCAGCGGUGCCCGGCAGCAAUGCGGCCAUUUUGUCCCUCGGCGACAGUCAACCGGCUCACACGGCCGAGAGCACAUAUCCCAUGUUCAGCCUGCGCCCCCUGAUCGACAGCAUUUUCGAGAUUCCGAUUUCGACGCUGCGGGCUGUCAACAAUCUGGUGGGUCGCCUGACCGGCGGAUAUCGCCAGGCGCCAACGGAAGUGGCGCAGAAAUCCGUGGCAGCUGGAACGGCGCUGCCAUCGGGCAGACCAAACCCCACGCUGAGUGCCCAUCCCAGUGGGCCACAGAUGCGCGAGGAGCUGGCGUAAUCUUGGGCGCCACUUUAGCCAGUAGUUGUGCGUGAAUGUUGUAGUUUCUGUCAGUGUAUGUUUCGUGUGUAUUGUGACCCUUGUGAUAUAUGUAUGUGACUUUGCUGUAAGCCUAGACUAAGGAUAUUUAUGUCCAGCCCACAAGAAAAUCCCAAAACAAAAGUAUAAGAAUAUAGAAUAAAUGUUAUUUCUAAACGUAAAA